AUGUCUCCAACACACGCCAUCCACUCCAUGGGUAGCAAAAAGCUCCCAGGUCAACGGAGCGCCAAUCAUCGAAGCGAAACCGCCCCAAGCAUCACCACCUACUCUGAUGCCAGCCGAGAGAAGCACCAGCACCAGCAUCCGCAAACCCAACCCAAGCCACUACAAGAGCAACAGCAACAGCUACAGGACUAUCUUGUUGGAAACAGGAGUUGCAAGCCGACAACGACCCCCAUCGAGUGUUGGCUGAAGGAAGAUAUCCGAGAGCAGCCUUGGACUGAUCUCCGUGUUCCAGGAAGAAAUUUACCACAGUCAGGGGCAUGGAUUGAGGAGUUAUCACUAGAGGUAGUAGAGCUGGAUGAUCUGACACUGAACCUAGAUCUGGAGGAGCAAUUACCGCUUUCAACUUUAACAGUGUCGAUAUUGGGAAGCGAGUCAACUCCCUGCGGCUGA